AUGGCGACAUCACUACAAGAGAAGCAGAUUAACGCAUUGAAACGCAUGCUGAAUUUCAACCAGCCAUUGUCCAAGGCAUCACACGCUGAACCCACAUGGAAGGUCCUUGUCUACGACAGAUUUGGGCAGGAUAUUAUAUCUCCCUUGCUGACAGUUAAAGAACUUCGCGAUAUGGGCGUCACCCUUCAUCUGAGCCUUCACUCGGAUCGAGAUCCCAUUCCGGACGUGCCGGCAAUAUAUUUUGUAAUGCCAACGGAUGAUAACGUUCAACGUAUAUGUAGAGACUUCCAGAAUCAGCUUUAUGAAUCGUAUUACCUGAAUUUUAUUUCAGCCAUAUCCAGACAGAAGCUAGAAGACAUUGCUCAAGCAGCCAUACAGUCAAAUUCGGUUCAACAAGUGGCGAAAGUGUUUGAUCAGAAUUUAAACUUCAUUUCUUUGGAAAAUGAACUGUUUACCUUACGUCAUCAAGACAGAGACGCUAUUUCAUAUUAUGCCAUAAAUAAGGGCGAUGUAAAAGAUACUGAAAUGGAAUGGAUAAUGGACACGAUAGUUGACAGUCUAUUUUCGGUAUUUGUUACACUUUCUGUUGUUCCUAUCAUACGAUCACCCCGAGGCAACGCAGCAGAGAUGGUAGCAGAGAAACUGGAUAAAAAGCUCCGAGAAAAUCUGAGAGAUGCCAGAAACAGCCUUUUUGCUUCUGAUGGUGUACCCGGUCAGUUUAAUUUUCAGAGGCCGUUGCUGAUUAUCUUGGAUCGAAACCUUGAUUUGGCUACCAUGUUACAUCAUACUUGGACUUACCAAGCAUUAAGUCAUGAUGUGUUGGAUCUGAAACUAAAUCGAGUCGAAGUAGAGGAAGUGAUUGACGAAGGCCCGCACGCUAGUUCACCUGCUAGAAAACAAAGAACAAGAAAAAAGACUUACGAUCUUUCAUCUCGAGACAAGCUAUGGGUAUCUCAGAAAGGGCACCCUUUUCCAGAGGUCGCAGAAGCCGUUCAGGAAGAACUGAAUGCCUACAGACAAGAGGAAGGGGAGGUGAAGAAGCUGAAAGCAGCACUUGGUCUUGAAGGUGAGGAUGAUACAGCGAUAAGCAUGCUUUCCGACAACACAGCUCGCCUUACAUCUGCGGUCACGUCACUUCCAGACUUGUUAGAGAAGAAGCGGCUCAUAGACAUGCACAUGAACAUUGCCACAGCCCUCCUGGAGCAGAUUAAAGCCCGAAAACUCGACACAUACUUUGAGACAGAAGAAAGAAUGAUGAAUAAGUCGACUCUUAACAAAUCUCUGAUGGACAUAAUUUCUGAUCCUGAAGCUGGUAAACCUGAAGACAAGGUGCGGUUAUUUAUAAUUGCAUUGAUAUGUGGACCUCCAAUGUCGGAAGCGGAAAUUGAUCAGUACUGUGUGGCUCUUCAAGCUGCCAACUGUGAUAUAUCAGCCAUACAGUACGUUCGGCGAUGGAAAUCAUACACCAAGUUACAAGCCCCAGCUAGUCAGUAUACCGGAGGCAGUAUCAGCUCUACCAGCAUGUUCUCCGGCCUUUUAUCAAAAGGUUCACAGUUUGUCAUGGAAGGAGUAAAGAACCUUGUGGUGAAAGGUCAUAACCUCCCAACAACAAGAAUUGUUGAUGCAUUAAUGGAGCUGAAAUCGCUACCUGAUGUCGAUGACUACAGGUACUUUGAUCCUAAACUGUUGAGAACAGACCCCUCGUCUGUACCUCGUAGUAAGACACCAUUUCAAGAAGCAUACGUAUUUAUAGUUGGUGGCGGGAACUAUAUUGAGUUUCAGAACCUCAUGGAUUAUGUCAAGAGUAAAUCAACGCCCACAGCUCACAAGAAGAUUGUUUACGGCUGUAGUGAUCUAGUGAAUGCUUCACAAUUUCUGAAGCAACUUUCACAUUUGGGGCAGGAAAUGUAG